AUGUUACAUAUUGGGCAUGGACCGAAUCCAGUAUGUUCUCCACCUACAUCACAACAUAAUGAACCAAUAAAUAAAAAUACAGCAGCUCGAAAUAAAACAUAUGAAUAUUAUCUUACACAUCCUGCACAACAACAACCAAUUUAUAUUGGACAAAGUCCAUCUUUGGAUAUAGCUUCAAGAUAUAUUGAUAAUAGUUAUAAUGGAACAACAAAUUUAAAUGAUCUUCGUCCAACAAGUGCAACAUCAUCAAUUCGUUCUCAAGAUAGUGGUGUUGCACAAUCUGAUCCAAAAACUUCUAUUGAUUGUAGUGCAAAAACUGAAUCAAGUUCAAAAAUAUCAAUUCAUAAUAGUAAUAAUCAAUAUAUAUCAACUAAUAAUCCAUUAACAAUUGAACAUCACAAAUUAUCAUCAUCUAAAUUAAAUCAACAUGGAUUAAUAGCACAAUUUGAACAAGAUUUUAAUUUAAAUACAGAAUCAAUACGUGAAAAACUUCAACCAUUAAAUACACAACGAUUAAAAAUGCAUCGUCAAGCAACAAAAGCACUUAUAAUGAGUAUUUUGGAUAAUGGUGAAGUUGUACUUGAAACUAUACGUACAAAAAGUACAAAACGUCGUAUAGUUGAUGUAUUUCGUGUAUCACAUGAUGGUUUACAUAUAAUAACAUAUACACCAAAUAGUCGUCAUGGUUCACCAGCAAGUGAUCAUCCACCACCAAUACCACGUGAUAAAAAUGCUUAUCAACAAUAUCAUUUUGAUAGAUUACCAUCGGAAUAUUGGAAAAAAUAUCAAUAUGCUCAUAAAUUUGUUACAGUAGUUCGUUCACGUACAGCUAAAAUAAUACUUUAUACACCUGAUGCUAAAUGUUCAUUAAUGGAAACAAGUGUAGAUUUUGAAGCUGUUUUUUUAUGUGGUGUUAAAAUAACAAUAUUUCGAGACAAUUCUAAAUCUAAUGAUUCAUUAAAAAUAAAAAUUAUAAAUAAUAAUGAUAAAUCAGUAUCAUUAUUAGAAUAUGAUCGUAUUACAGCACCAAAUAUAUCUUCUAUUGAACAUUUUAGUCCAGAAAUACGUCAAAUAAUUGAUAAUGCAAUUUUGUGUUAUAAAUUUUGUCUAUCAAAAGAUAAAAUUUUUGAAGAAAGUCAAAGAAGUUUUUCAUCAAUUCAAGUUUUUCCUGUUCAAUUCGGAAAAAAACAUACACAACCAGAUUUACAUAGACCAAGUACUCCUAGUUCUAUUGGCCGGGCUGUUUCAAGUAGAUUAAGCGGUUCAUCAUCAACUAUCAAUGAACCUAUUGUCUUACCUUCAUCAUCAUUUGGUACACCUUCGCCAAUAUUAUCUACUCGACCAGAAUUUGCCUCUGAAAAUGAUAUUCGAAAAUCAAGAAAUCCUUCAAAUACAUUUUCUAUAUCAUCAUCAACAAAUGCUGGACGUAAUAAUAUUCAACAUUCAAAUUCUUCAUCAGUAUUACGUACGUCUGAUUAUCAUCAUCAAGUAACUUAUAUACCUCAAUCAUCUUUACCAACAACAAAUCAUUCUCGUUCACAAUCAGUACAUCCUUCAUCAUUUUAUACACCUGAUACAUUAUCUAGUUCAUCGUUUUCUAAUCGUCCAUCUUCAACAAAUAUCAAUAAUAAUAUGUGUACAUCAACAACAUCACUUAAUUCAAUAACAAGUGGUGGACCAACAAUGAUAACAACACGGCAAGGAAUUAAUACAAAUAAAAUUCCAUUAACUCGAAAAUCGAUAACUGAAUAUUCAAAUCGAGCUUUUCGUGUAGUAUUUAGUGAUGAUAGUGUAAUGAUUAUACGUGAUGAUUCUCCUGAUGGACAAAUAUUUAUUGAUGCACAAGGUAAAUCUUAUUCAUUUGAUCGACGACAACCCCAUCAACCAGAAGCAAUACAAGAGCGCCUAGCACUCUUCUAUCAAAAUGAACAUGAUUUAGUUGAUUAG